UGCGUUUGUUUCAGUUUGUUUGACAUUUGUUUUAUGCAUUGGAAAUGGGAAAUCUUGACUUCUACUUUCUACAGAAACAGAAUUUCUGGGAGAUUAAGUGCAUAGUAUCAGAAUUCAAAAAAUUACAUGAAUAAGUGUUCCAGUUAAACUAAACAAUUAAAAAGAUGCUUGCGUAUUUUCAUUUUAAUAACAUAGUUACCAGCAGAAGUGGGGGCCUAAAAACACUGCUUUGAUUGUGAAUAGAGGAGUUUGGUUCCUUUUAAUUGUUGAACUUACACCAAUAUGGCAUUAAUAAAGAAUAGCGGGCCCAUAAUAGAUCCUGCGCUAUGCAGAUGCUGCAGGGCUAUAAAGAAGUGCAGGUUACUCACAGCCGAAUACACUUGGAUGGAGAAGAAAGAGGUGUAUGCUGAUAUGAUAAUGGAUUGCUUUGGUAUACUUCUGUCACACGUGGACGACGAGGCGCGCGACAGCGGCGUGUGCGCGACGUGCGUGGUGCGGCUGCGCGACGCGUGCGCCUUCCGCCACCAGGUGCUGCAGUGCGAGGACCUGUUCCUGAGCGCCAAGCUGGAGGACAAAGACGAAACAAAAAAGAUGGCAGAGAUAGAACUGAAGACGGAGCCGAAGGAUGACGUCAGUGAGCACAACUCAACAGGACACGACGAGAACUGCGAUAUGGCGGCUGUACAGUUUAUCCCACCUACACCUAAAGAAGUCAAACCAAAAGAAGAAGAAGAGAAACCAGAAGUACCAGCGCCUAAAGACAUUCCUGUUGAAAUAGAAAUAGACCACGAGGAUAUGGAUGACGCAGACUACCUCGACAAUGGCUUGAACGACUACUCCUCUUCAGACUCCGACAAACCCAUCAAAAGGAAGCUCAAGACUAAGAAGACCAAAAGCAAGCCGGGGACCAAGAAGAAGCUUGCCAAGAAGAAAGGAACCAAGCUUAAGAAGAAGAGUAAAGAUAAAGAAUCAUCGAUGGAUGAAGAGCUAAAAUUAAAGAAACCACCCAUUGAAAAGAAAAACACAUACGACAGAGACCUAGACUGCAUGUCCGAAGAGAAUCUCCUCACUAUCAUACAAUAUUCCUUUGUGUGUCCGUUCAAGAACAGAAGGAACAACUAUUAUUGCUUUUACUGUAAGGACUACUACCCAAAACCCGAGGACUUGAGAGAGCACACCUUAUCACACGACACCAAGCCGUUCCAACUUCUAAUGGGAUACAAGAAGAUGCCCAAACUUGAUAUAACGAGGAUAGACUGUCGUUUAUGCCCGUUAAAGAUCAACGACUUGGAACUAUUCAAACAUCACAUAGACCAAGUUCACAAGAAGAAAAUAUACUUCGAAGCACCGGACAAGAUGCUUCUAUACCGAUUGACGUGGAACGACUUAGUCUGUGUCAUGUGCAACGGUGUAUACGAAGACUUUAACACACUGAACACACAUAUGGUCGAACACUUCAGUAACUACACGUGUGACAUAUGUGGUUUGUGUUUUCUGGAGAAACCGAGGUUGGACGCCCAUUUGAAACGGCAUAAAGACGAUGAGAGACACACGUGUGAAGUUUGCGGAAAAGUGUUCAAGUCUAACCAUUAUAAGGACAUGCAUGUGGACAUAGUGCAUAAAAAGAAAGCCAUAAUCCGUUGUCCGAGGUGUGAUGAGUGUUUCAUGUCGUACGCUUUGAAAAACAAACAUUUGACUGAAGCGCACGGCCAGAAGCGUACUUACCCGUGUAAUUUGUGUGAUAAAGUGUAUAACAGACAGAAAACAUUGACCGAACAUCAGAGACGGAACCACCAGAAGGUUUUAAAGCAUCAGUGCGAGUACUGCGAUCAGAGGUUUUAUUUACCGUCUCGUUUGAAAGAGCAUAUAGCGACUCAUACUGGAGAAAGAAACUUUAGGUGUGAACAUUGUGAUAAGAGCUAUCCGAGACUGAAAUCCCUACAGUACCACAUACGGACACACACAAAUGACAGAAGAUACCGAUGCCACAUAUGUGGGCAGGCGUUCAUUCAGAAUGCAAGUUUGAAAUCACAUAUAAAAAGCCAUCACCCCGAGUGUGAUAUUGAAGGAUGCUAUUUUUAAUGUUUGUAGUUAAAUUGUAUAACCAAUAGAAGACGUAAAUCGACAAAAAAUAUGACACAUUUGUAGAGAGAGAAAAGUAUGUAACAGUAUAUGACGUAUUUGAAGAGACAAAGUAUGAACAGUAUGACAUAUUUGAAGACAAGUGUGAACAGUAUAUGACGCUUUGAAGA